UUUCUCUGAAGCUUAAUCUUCAAGAUGAAGUUCUUACCAGCAGUUUUCCUUUUCAUCUUGUUCUCCUUAUGGGUUGAAGAAGUCUAUUCCAAAGAGAAGUCUUCAAAGAAAGGAAAGGGGAAAAAGAAGCAAUAUCUAUGUCCAUCCCAGCAAUCAGCUGAAGACCUUGCAAGAGUACCAGUUAAUUCUACUAGCAAUAUCUUGAAUAGACUAUUGCUCAGUUAUGAUCCCAGGAUAAGGCCCAAUUUCAAAGGAAUUCCAGUUGAUGUUGCAGUCAAUAUCUUCAUUAACAGCUUUGGAUCAAUUCAAGAGACAACUAUGGAUUAUAGAGUCAACAUCUUCCUAAGACAGAAGUGGAAUGACCCCAGACUCAAACUGCCCAAUGACUGGAGAGGUUCAGAUACACUGACAGUGGAUCCAACAAUGUUUAAAUGUCUUUGGAAGCCAGACUUAUUUUUUGCAAAUGAAAAAAAUGCUAACUUCCAUGAUGUCACACAAGAAAAUAUCCUUCUUUUUAUAUUUCGUGAUGGAGAUGUCCUGGUCAGCAUGAGAUUGUCUAUUACUCUGUCAUGCCCUUUGGACUUGACCUUGUUUCCUAUGGAUACGCAGCGCUGCAAGAUGCAAUUGGAAAGCUUUGGUUACACAACUGAUGACUUACGGUUUAUCUGGCAGUCUGGAGAUCCUGUACAGCUAGAGAAAAUUGCUCUGCCGCAGUUUGAUAUUAAAAAAGAGGAUAUCGAAUAUGGUAACUGUACCAAGUAUUAUAAAGGCACAGGUUAUUACACUUGUGUAGAAGUAAUCUUCACUUUAAGAAGACAAGUUGGAUUUUACAUGAUGGGUGUUUAUGCUCCUACACUGCUAAUUGUUGUUCUGUCCUGGCUGUCAUUUUGGAUCAAUCCUGAUGCAAGUGCUGCAAGAGUCCCACUGGGUAUUUUCUCAGUGCUCAGCUUGGCAUCUGAAUGUACCACUCUCGCCGCUGAACUUCCCAAAGUGUCUUAUGUGAAGGCCUUAGAUGUCUGGCUGAUUGUUUGCCUUCUCUUUGGGUUUGCAUCCCUGGUGGAGUAUGCGGUGGUUCAGGUAAUGCUAAACAAUCCAAAGAGGAUUGAAGCCGAAAAAGCAAAGAUUGCCAAGGCAGAGCAAGCGGAAGGGAAAGGUGGAAAUGCUGCCAAGAAGAACACUGUGAACGGCACAGGGACUCCUGUCCACAUCAGCACUUUACAGGUUGGUGAGACCAGAUGCAAAAAAGUUUGCACUUCGAAAUCUGAUCUGAGAUCCAAUGAUUUCAGCAUCGUUGGAAGUUUGCCAAGGGAUUUUGAAUUAUCGAAUUAUGACUGUUAUGGGAAGCCCAUUGAAGUCAACAAUGGGCUCGGGAAAUCUCAAGCCAAGAACAACAAGAAGCCUCCUCCUCCCAAGCCUGUUAUUCCAUCAGCAGCAAAGAGAAUCGAUCUUUAUGCAAGAGCACUGUUCCCUUUUUGCUUCUUGUUCUUCAAUGUCAUAUACUGGUCCAUAUAUUUAUGAUAAAUCUUUUAUUUAUUUUUUUCAUAUGUGUAAAAUAUAUCCCAUUUCAUUACCCCUUCCCAGUCAUGAAGGCCACUGUGUGAAAUUAUUUGCAUUUGCAAAGCAAUAUGUUGCAUUUUGAUGCCAUGCGAUUGUACUGAAUAUAUGGCAUCUGAAAUUUGAAUGAAAGCAUGACACUGCAAUGUCUGUUCUCUGACCAACGUUGUAUAUAAAUGUACAGCAUCCAUCCUGCUUCAGGAAUAUAUAUGAAGGACAAUGCAUACUACAUUAUAAAGCUGAAUAACGCUCUUCAGUUAUAGUAACAUGCAGAGAUUUAAAGUGUUUCUGACAAUGAAACUGAUGUGCACGUUGAGUAUAAUUAAAAUCAGUAUUCUAGUAUAUGUAGUAUUUAACAGCUUUUCUGCUGACUUCCAGAGAAAAACAAAACAAAACAAACAAACCUCUUGUUCUUGUAUGAUUUUAGAUGGCACUGUUGAAGAAAAAGCUAACGUAAUUCAUUAUUUAGACUUUGUUAAGUGAAGGCAGCAUUGAAUAAGCUGAUCUUGUCUAUGUGGAAAAAUAAAGAUCAGUGAAUUA